AUGCUAUCCGGAGCGCUUUGUAGGGGACGGUGGUUCGGUCUGAUUAGCAAACCAGAUUUUCGAGCAAUAUCAAUGGCAGUGAACGAGAAUCCUAUAGAGAAUGCUAUCCGUGCCGGACUGACGAAAGAACUGAAGCCCGUGCAUUUGGACAUCGUCAACGAAUCGUAUAUGCACAAUGUGCCCAAGGGUUCCGAAACACACUUCAAAGUUCUAGUAGUUUCGCAACAGUUUGAAGGACUUCCACUAAUCAAGCGUCAUCGGUUGGUAAACGAUAUAGUAAAGACACAGCUUGCGGGUGACUUUGUACACGCUCUAUCUAUAGUGGCCAAAACGCCACAGCAAUGGGACGAAGCUUACAAGCUCGAGCCAAGUCCUAAUUGUAAGGGAGGAUUUGGAAAAUAAAACAGCAAUAUGAAGCUCU